CAGAGAAGAAGAAGAAGAGUAACCCGGGAGUGGGCCGGACUUCUGUAGUAGAAGAAGAAGCUAGCCGCUAGCCUCCCGGUGCUGCAGGCUCUGGUUCUGGUUCUGGUUCUGGUUCUGGUUCUGUCUCUAGCCGAUCAACAUGGUCCAACUGGUGGGUUCCCUGCGGAAGGAGCUGGCGGACUCGCUGUCCAGCUGCAAGGUGCUGGUGGUGGGAGCCGGAGGGAUCGGCUGCGAGCUGCUGAAGAACGUCGUGCUGACCGGCUUCAAGAACAUCGAAGUGAUCGACUUGGACACGAUCGACGUGAGCAACCUGAACCGUCAGUUCCUCUUCCAGAAGAAGCAUGUGGGCAAGUCUAAAGCACAGGUAGCCAAGGAGAGCGCUCUGCAGUUCUGUCCGUCUGCAAAUAUCACGGCGUACCACGACAGCAUCAUGAACCCCGACUACAACGUGGAGUUCUUCAGAAAGUUUGUGCUGGUGAUGAACGCUCUGGAUAACAGAGCGGCCCGUAACCACGUGAACAGGAUGUGUUUGGCAGCAGACAUUCCUCUGAUAGAGAGCGGCACGGCUGGAUACCUUGGACAAGUCACAGUCAUCAAGAAGGGAAUGACAGAGUGCUACGAAUGCCAACCCAAGCCCACCCAGAAGACUUUCCCAGGAUGCACCAUAAGAAACACGCCAUCUGAGCCCAUUCACUGCAUCGUCUGGGCCAAGUAUCUCUUCAAUCAGCUGUUUGGAGAAGAGGAUGCAGAUCAGGAGGUGUCACCAGACACCGCGGACCCCGAGGCGGCAUGGAAUCCUGAAGACACGGCAGCUCGCGCCACAGCCUCGGAAAAGGACGGCGACAUCAAGCGGGUCUCCACAAAGGACUGGGCCCGGUCCACGGGAUACGACCCUGUCAAACUCUUCAACAAGCUUUUCAAAGACGACAUCAUGUACCUGCUGACCAUGGACAAGCUGUGGAAGAAGAGGAAAGCUCCCACGCCUCUGGACUGGCAGCAGCUAGAGAACGGCGCGAAUCCACAGGAGGAUACUCCGGCUUCGGGUUUGAAGGACCAGCAGGUUCUGGGUGUUUGGGGUCACUGCCAGCUGUUCCAGCACAGUGUGGAGACUCUCCGCUCACAGCUGCAGGAGAAGGGAGAAGGAUCCGAGCUGGUGUGGGACAAGGACGACCCUCCGGCCAUGGACUUCGUUACCGCGGCAGCCAACCUCCGUAUGCACAUCUUUAGCAUGAACAUGAAGAGUCGCUUUGAUGUGAAGUCCAUGGCGGGUAACAUCAUCCCGGCGAUCGCUACAACCAACGCCGUCAUCGCUGGACUCAUCGUGCUGGAGGGGCUGAAGAUCCUGUCUGGAGAACUGGAGUCCUGUCGCACGAUCUUCCUGAACAAGUGUCCCAACCUCAGGAAAAAGCUGCUGGUCCCGUGCAUCCUGGACCCGCCCAGUGCCAACUGCUACGUCUGCGCCAGCAAACCUGAAGUCACAGUCAAACUCAACGUCCACAAAACAAUGGUCCUCUCUCUGCAGGACAGGAUCCUGAAGGAGAGGUUCGGCAUGGUGGCUCCAGAUGUUCAGAUAGAGGAUGGAAAAGGGACCAUCCUCAUCUCCUCGGAGGAAGGAGAGACGGAAGCCAACAACAGCAAGUUCCUCUCUGAUUUCGGGAUCCGUAACGGCAGCCGUCUCCAAGCCGACGACUUCCUCCAAGACUACACACUCCUCGUUAACGUCCUGCACACCGAGGAACUCGAGCACGACGUGGAGUUCGAGGUCGUAGGUGAGGCGCCAGACAAAGCUCCGCCCCCUCAGACCAACCAGGAAGAGGUUAACAGCAUCACCAACGGCAACAAGGACUCCGCCCAGCCGUCCACCUCCUCCAAAGCGCGGGCAGCAGCAGCAGACGACGACGACGACAUCAUGAUCGUUGAUUCCGACGAGGAGGAGGAGGAGGGAGCGCCGUCGUCCAGCACGGCGGCACCAGGAGCAUCCAGCGGCACCAAGAGGAAGCACUCGGACGUGGAAACCGGCGAGGCGUCCACCAAGCGCCCACGGACGGACCAAUCAAGCGCAGCAGCAGCUGCUGACGACGACGACGACGACAUCAUCGCUCUGGACUAGACCCGCCCACCGCCUGCCCGUCGGCCCGUCCCUGAAGAACUUUGAACGGUUACCGUUGUGACUCGAGGCCGACAGUAGGCUCCAAUAAAACUCGUCUUUUAUGAAGAACAGUUUACUGCCCCAGUUCGUCUUUGGUCGCUUCCCCUUCCUCCGACUGUGUUCGUGCUUUCAUACUCUUCUUCUUCUUCUUCUUCUUCUUCUUCUUCUUCUUCUUCUUCUUCUUCUUCUUCUUCUCUGCUGUAAAUAGAUUCUACUUUUUUUUUUUAAGAAGUUUUGAAAAAUACACAACUGCUUUUUUUUGUUUGUUUUGUUAUUUUUAUUCAUUUCUGGUCCAGAUAAAAUGAUAAAAUUCUUCUCAAUGGCUUUUUUUGUAUUUUUUAUAACGUUGCUGUAUUUCUCAUGCUACACACGAGUCAGGGUGUUUUUGUGCUUCGUGGGGGAAAAAAAGAUUUAAAAAAACAAACAACCAAAAACUCUGCCGCUCGUGGUCGUCUCUACAAACCACAGGUUGCACCUGUGCGGUGCUGUUGGCGUCUGUAAAAAGCACUGACGGAGUUUGAGCCACGUUGUCGAGUCGCAGAUGUUAGUUUGCUACCUCUUUUCUAGAACGAACAUGUCUCAGCUGCAGAUACGUUAAAAAAAUAAAAUAAAAUAAAAGUUUGUCAAACAGCCGUGAAGCAGCACGGAGGCGCUCGCGUGGCUCCACACGGCCAGAACCAGGCUGUUUGGUAGUUCAAUGUAAACACGUUGCUUUUUAUUAGUACGACCUGGUUCUGUUUGAGUUUCACUCCAGCAGAACCAGAGAUGGAUUUAGUGGUUUUGACCAGAACCAGUCCUUUUUGAAUCUGAAGGUCUACCCUCCGUGUCGGUGUCCAUAAUUUCAUAUUUCAUUGUGAUCUGACUUGUUGUUGACAGGCUGCGACAGCCCUUUGGACCAAUUUGGUGAAGACAAUAAACUCCAAACCAAUGCA